AUGACGGUGGAACUGUCCUGUGUGUUUGGCUUCACUGUAAAACAUCCGGUGCUGGCUUACGAAUACGUAAAUGCCUCACCUUUGUGUGCCUUUGCGUGCAUUCCUCCCAACCAGGCCGCGUUCGCACACAAGUGCGGAUGCUGUGAUCGGCGAACUGGUGUCGAUUACAAUGAUCUGUCUCGUGACACACGCACACACCUCUUUUUGCCUUCCUGCAGCCGAGUGACAAUUUUGCAUGUCGGUAAGCUGAACCACCUCGUCAUCCAGAUAAUGGAGAGCAACGGGAUGAACAAGCAGUUAAUACUGGAGUCUCUCGGUCGUUGUGCCUACGAUCAUCUGACGGCCACGUAUCUUCUGCUCGGCGAACGACUUCGUCACACGGCACGUCACAGCCUGCCGCACACA